AACGUUGUCAGUCAUUUCUCGAUUUCUGUAUUAUUUUUCUUUCCUCGGAAAUGUCCGAAACUCCGAUUUGUGAAGGUUUUUGAUCGAUGAGGGCUUCUCGAUUUUUGGCGGCGGCGGCGUCCGCCGUGAAGACCGGAUCGGCGAUGAGGAAACAGGUCUUAACAUUGACGGAGGAGGCGGCGUCUAGGGUUCGGCAUCUGUUGCAGCAGCGGCAGAAACCCUUCCUCCGGUUGGGCGUCAAGGCUCGUGGCUGCAACGGCUUGUCUUAUACCCUCAAUUAUGCCGAUGAGAAGGGGAAGUUUGACGAGCUGGUGGAGGAAAAAGGUGUGAGGAUACUUGUUGAGCCAAAGGCUCUGAUGCAUGUCAUCGGGACCAAGAUGGAUUUCGUGGAUGAUAAACUCAGGUCGGAGUUUGUGUUCAUCAAUCCAAACUCAAAAGGGCAGUGUGGAUGUGGUGAAUCUUUCAUGACGACAUCUAGUUCUGGAGCUGCAAAGCCGAGUGGUACUUAGCAAAUAGCACCGGAAAGAGUGCCUCAUUCUUCCACUCAUUCGGUACAUGGGAAAACAGACUGCUAGAGGAUCAAGGCUCCCAUUUACAAAGCAUUAGGAGAAAAAAAAAAAGGGUAUCGAAGAAAUGCUGACGAUCUGCCAAUAAAAGUUGAUUUUUUUUUAACGUUUGCAAGCAACUCUGCACAUAGUUUGUAAACUUUGUUUCAUCUUUCCUUUUAGGGUGUGUUGAUGUACGGCAACACGAAGCUUGAACUUUGUCAUAGCUGUUUUUUUUUUUUCUGAGCAAUGUAUUUAUGAUGAAAACGUGAAAAUCGACGCGUAUUUGAGAAUGAA